AUGUCAAAAGCUGCCACUAUCCGGUCGGGGACGAUCAACUUACUCAACACCAUUAUUGGGGCUGGGAUCUUGGCCAUGCCAUAUGGGUUGAAAAGUAACGGGUUAUUUUUUGGGUGUCUUUUGAUUCUUUGGUCAUCUAUGACCUCAUCCAUGGGGUUGUAUCUUCAAAGUAAAGUAGCCAAAUACACCGCACAAACCGAUGCUGUGUCAUACUUUAGCUUGGCCCAAUUGACUUACCCACAGUUGUCCAUUGUGUUUGAUUCUGCCAUUGCCAUUAAAUGCUUUGGGGUUGGGGUCAGUUAUUUGGUGGUGAUUGGAGACUUGAUGCCAAAAAUCAUGGAAUCUGUAGGGGUAUCCAAUAACAUCUUGAUGGAACGUAAUUUCUGGAUCACCAUAUUCAUGGCAGUUAUUGUUGUUCCUCUUUCAUAUUUGAAGAAACUUGACUCUUUGAAAUAUACUUCAAUCAUUGCUCUUUUCUCAGUCGUUUACCUUAUUUGUCUUGUUUUCGGUCACUAUAUUGCCAAUGAUAUUGUGGUGGAUGACCGUCAUGUCUCUUGGAUUGGUCCUGUUUCAAUCAAGUCGACCCUUUCAUCUUUCCCAAUCUUUGUUUUCGCAUACACUUGUCAUCAAAAUAUGUUUGCUAUUAUCAAUGAAUUGAAACCUAGAAUGGAAGCUGGACAAGCUGGUUCUAAAGCCAGACAAUCCAACUUAAUUAUUCGUAAUGCCAUUACCGUUGCUUGCACUUGUUAUUUGGCAGUAGGAAUCGUUGGUUAUUUAACUUUUGGUGAUGCAGUCAAUGGUAACAUCAUCACCAUGUAUCCUAAGGAUUCCAUCCUGUCGCUUAUUGGACGUCUUUCCAUUGUCAUCAUGGUAAGUUUAUCUUACCCCUUACAAUGUCAUCCAUGUCGUGGAUCUGUAAACCAUGUCUUAUUUUAUUUGACUGAAGGUAUGAGUGCUAAAUUAAGAUCUUCUGCUACAGACUCUGCCGGUCAACGUCACACCGGUGAAACUCAAGCCUUAACUACCGAUAUGGAAUCGAUUCAAUCGAAUCAAGCCGAUGAAUCGUUUGUGUCAACCACCCCUAUGGAAGGUGCCAUGGAUACAGAUGGUCAUGGCCCCAUUGUAGUACCACUCACUUCAAAGAAGUUUUAUAUUAUCACCACUGCUAUCGUCACCUUAUCAUAUCUUGUGGCUAUAACCGUGACAUCAUUAGAACACGUUUUAGCAUUUGUUGGAUCCACAGGUUCCACUUCUAUCUCCUUUAUCUUGCCUGGGUUGUUUGGGUACUUGUUGAUCAAGCCUAUAGACGGUCGUGUCACCUUGACCACUAAGGAAAAGUUCUGCAAAUAUGGUGGUCUUGCAUUGGCUAUCUGGGGUGUUGUCGUUAUGAUUGUUUGUUUGAGUGCCACAAUCUUCUUAGGGGCCACUCAUUAG